GUCACUGAUGUGUCAGUGUCAUUGUGUUGAAAUAGAAAAUGAAAAAUUGCAAAGUUUACAUUUCACCGAAACUGAAUUAAGUGAUUGGUAACAAAAUAAUAAACUUUACGACUGAAACUAUAUAUUUGCUGUGUAUCUACUAUUUCAUAGUUCUAUUUGUAGUAUUUUCAUUGAUUAACAAUGAGUAACAGUGGAUAUACUCCUAACACAGGUGUUACAGCACCAAUCGACCCAGGUUGGAAUGAUCCUCCUAAAUUAUCUUACAACCCAGGAACAACACCGAAUAAACCGCGCAAUAUUCUUAACAAAAGGGUGGCGUUUCCCUUAUCAAGCGCCACGUCUAGCCCUGUGGUGAUGCCCCCUGUGAACAUACCGCCGAUGCCCGCGGCCUUCCCUCCUGCGCCUCCUAUCCAGGUACCGAGCAUACCUCCUCAGGAAAUAAAUGUAGACAGUGAAAGCACUCUCCAGGAAGUGAAACAAAUAUUGUUAGAGUUCUUAGACAACAGCAGCGAGCUUGGGCCCAAAGCAAAUGACAUUAGACGGAGAAUAGGAGUCAUGGAGGAAAUGUGGAGUAGUGGCAAAUUGGACAGCAGGAUAUUUGUGCAAAUGAAGGAGUUGGCACAUGCACUGAAGGAUGACAAUCCAAGUAAAGCAGAUGACAUCCACCGGGCUCUGAUGGUCGACCAUGUCAGUGCUGUAGGCACUUGGAUGCCCGGCAUCAAACAACUCAUACACAACUGUAUAGCCCGAUCAGAACUGCUAUCUAUUGAUAAGGAAUAAACUAGGUUUACCAACAACCAAUAAGAAAUCAGCAGCAGUGUUAUAAUGUUCAAAUUGUUCUAUUUGCUUCCAUUCUUCAUUAGAUACUGCCAAACUUAUCAUAAGUAAGAUAAAAAUAUACAAGGGGUUUGGUAUAACUUUUUUUUAUUGUAAAAUUAAGGUUUGUCUUCCUGCAGUAGCCAAAAGCCAUAAUGCCUAUGCAGGGGUGCCAACAGCAGCAAUAAAAUAGCAUACUCACCUUGACAGACUUUAAAGUAUGCUGAUUGAGGGACAGAAUGGAAAUGACAUACAAGUAUCUUGAAAAGAGAGGUCCUUUGUUCCAAUAUUCCUGCAUGGCGCCCAUGCUAUUAUGUGAAAAUGAGAAAGUAUAAAUAUAAAUGUGGAUGUAUUUGAAUAAAACUUGCAAUAAACAUAGUAUUUUUAAUUAAUUUAAGAAAUGUGAUGCUUUUAUUAAGUCGUAACUAAGUUGGCCAUUUGUAAUAUGAGGUACAAUGUAACCUGUGUUGUUUAUAUAAUGUAAAUAAAAUACUACAAAUUUAAAA